AUGGAGGCGCCGCCGAGUUUGUUUGAGGAGCGGGCCGGCCUUUUCGUGGGGCCGGCGGACUCGUCGAGCUCUUUCACCCCCAGCCGACAGGGCGCCGCCCUGCUGCAGGAGAGAAAAGGUGGGGUGUGGAGGCUGCAGGAGAGCCGCAACACCAGUGGUCUGCCUGGGGACAACUUCAAUGUGCUUAGCGCGGACAAGGCGGAGACCCUCUCCAUCCCCGCUAACCUCAUUGAACCUACGACUGGAUCGCAGAACUACCUGGCGAAGAACCAGAGCAACGCGGCCCCCACCUUCUCUUUUUACCUUUGCAAGAUGUAUACAAGUGGCUCAACCUGUGCUCGCGGCUCCCACUGUGACUUUAUUCACAGUCGUCACGUCCUGGCAGAUGUAUCACAUUGCAGCGGGCGGGUUAAAUCUAUUCAGGUGCACUGGUCGACGCCCAUUGAUUCUAUGGCGGAGGCUGUGUAUGAACGACAUGAACCCGGAUUUGUGUUUCACAUCAAUCAAAGCAACUUCUUCGGGAAUACUAGCCAGACCUCCAGUAAUCCACCGGAUAGGCGACGAUUGGCCUCGGAGCACGUUUAUAAAACAAAAGGGAGUGAAAGUGCCAUGCUGCAUGGCUCAGGCAUGAUGCUUCGAUUGUGCAAGCACUACGAACGUGAGAAAUGUGCAAGGGGAAGAAUGUGCCGUUUUGUUCACCGCGUGCAUUUGAGCACUCCCGCACCGGCAACCCUGUCGCCAUCAAUGCCAGCGAUAGUCCCAACGAUAUCAGCACCCUUCUCCUGCAACCAAACAGUCGAUCGCAGGACUAUGAGCGUAUGUCAAAGCCCUACCAACACUCAGUUACGUCUUUCACCAAACGUUAAUUGCCUGAAGACUGUCCCGCAGGUUCACCCUCGACAUAAUAUUGACCUCUCCUUUGAUGCUAGUGGUGUUUCACGCGCUAGUGGUGAGGUUUUCAUGGCACCGUCAAUUAUGCUACCGGCCCACUCACCGUCGCCGUCGCCGCUGCAACCAACGCUACACCCACAGCAGUUGCAAAAUCCACUACCACAGUUACAUUCCUCGAUUUUGCGGCAUCCGACAGGGUACUCUUUUACCCCUGUGUACACUCCUCAGCAGUCGCCGUAUAUGAGUACUCCGACAGGACAAAUGUCGGCAACGGCCUUGCAAAUUUCGGCCUCAUACUACGACGAGUCUCAGCGGUACGGCAGAUUGCAGCAAAAUAUGACGUCAAAACUUCAGCAACAGUCGUCGGUGCUUCCACCGUCUCCGGCCCCGGAUUAUGUCUUGUCGCAGGUCUUGUUUACCCUCAUGUAG